AUGGCGUCUCCGUUGGUUAUAUCCUCUAAGAUAGGUCAGGCCAGCCGCACCGCCCUGAACCGCUUUGACCCUAAGUACGCCUCGUUCGGGCCGCGCGCGCCGCGCCUGCGCCCCGCCGCGCCCGCGCCGCCGCUCGCCACCUUCACCCCGCACCCGCCCCACCCCUCCCUCCCCGCACACGCCCACCCCCAGCACGCGCAGCACCACAACCCGCACCCGCCCCGCCCGCAGCUGCCCCGCGACCUCCCGAGGGAGCCGAGAGAGCAAAGGGAGCAACGCGAGCAAAGGGAGCCAAGGGAGCAAAGGGAGCAGAGAGAGCAAAGAGAGCCGAGAGAGCUGCCGCGGGAGCCGAGGGAGCAGGACAAAUAUGCUACGGUGCGGCCGCCGAGGCGGACGGAACCGCAGCCGCUGUCGGCCGCCGCGCUCGAGUAUAGAUCGCUCCAGCGGCCGCGGCGACAGCAGCCGGCGCCCAACACGGGCACCACGCACCGCCGCCGGCCCGACCGCCCGCAGCCGCAGCACGACCACCGCGAUCUCUACGCCGUCACCGAGCUCUAA